CCAACUAUAUCUUUCAUUUGGAAUCUCUGCACCAGCUUGAACGGAUCUUAGGUCAAAUACCCUUUUUAGUGCCAGAGGCCAAUCGAUACUGUAGGGCUUUAUGAACGCAUAUUCUUUGGACGGACUAGUUGUUGUAGCUCUUCUUAUCAUCUGCUCUUGCGCAUACUUGAAGAGAGUUCCUCGAAUCCAUAGCUGGCUUCUUUCUGAGAAGAAAGGCUUUCUUGGAGUAUUUUAUAAGGCAUCUGUCAUCGGCGUCCGAUUGCAUUCGUUUAUGGUUCAACAUCAAGUCAAACAAAAGACUACUUUGCCAAAAGGUGUGAAGCAGAAGAUGAAGAAACCAAAACCAAAUGGUCCCAAGCGCGGACAUAAUCUGUAUAUUGCCCCUAAGAAACAAAAUCUUCUGCAGCAGGAUAAAGUAGCUGCAGAAGUGACACGAGUUAUAAACGAGAAGAAUGAGGAGAUGGUGAAAGGUCGCGCCGACACGGCUGUUGGUCGCAAUAAAACUGAAUGAUGUGCCUUUGUAAUUACCUCAGCAGCUGCGAACUGAGUUUCUUCAUCAUUUCAUUGUGAUAUUGUCAAAAAU